AUGUCUAUUGGGUGGUUUUCAUUAUUAAUAAUUAAUAUAAUAUCGUUUACUAAUGCUAAUCCAACACAAUAUACUGCUGAACCUCGUCAUAUACCAGUACGUUUUUUUAAACCCAUUAUUGCACCAAGUCUAGCAGGUCGGUGCUAUGGAUGUCUUGUACCGUCAUCUGACUGUACAGUACCUUGUUCGAGUCCUCAGCGUUGUUUUAUACGUGGACCAACACCAUACAAUCAAGUUACUGAUCGUCGUUGUACCGACGAACGAUGGGUACGUGAUUUACUUGUCGAUGGUUGUCUAACAUACAAUGGUCUUUAUUGGUGUAUGUGCUCAACUGAUUUAUGUAAUUCCGGUGAUUUUAGUUCUAUUCGUGGUUUUGAUGAUUGUUCAAGUAAUCCUUGUCCAUCGGGUACUAUAUGUCUUGAUACAAAAGAUGGAUUUAGUUGUAUUUGUCCACCAUGGCAAGAUGAUUGCACUUAUGCUUUUACUGUUGGUUGUACUUGUAAGAAUGGAGGUCGAUGUAUUAUGGGUCUUGGAACAUAUAUUUGUGAAUGUCCAUAUGGUUAUACAGGAGUCAAUUGUGAGAUAAGACUUCGUCGACAAAGUUCUUCAUCAUUACCAUCACCAUGUCCUAAUCAAUGUGAACGACGAACAUGUACUUAUCGUCAGUCAGGUUUCGGCUUGGCACCAGCGAGUUGUACAUGUCUACCACCUAGUCACUAUGCUAGUAGUAGAAGUACUUGUAAUACAUAUCGAACUCCACAACCAUAUGUUGCUUGUAAUCCAAAUCCUUGUCAACAUGGACAAUCAUGCCAUUUAUUAACACCAGUCAGUUUCUUCUGUAUGUGUCAAAAAUCUUAUAUUGGUCCUCUAUGUGAACGAUCAAAUCCUUGUGCUCAGUAUCCGUGUCCUAGUAAUCAACGAUGUGUUGUUAAUAGCCAAAGAAGGGCUAUUUGUGUGUGUAAUCCACCGUAUUGUCCACGUCGCGACGCUUGCGUGCCAAAUCCAUGCCAAAAUGGAGGAUCAUGUGUUUUUGAUGAACCAACAGGAUCUUUUCGUUGUUAUUGUCCAGCUGGAUAUACAGGUCGUACAUGUGAUAUCGACAGUGCCAUUACUACUGUCCCUCCUGAUCCAUGCUUACCAAAUCCUUGCCGUAACGGAGGAACUUGUCAAGCUAAUAAUGCAGGAAAUUUUACGUGCUUGUGCCCUGCUGGUUUUCAAGGCAUUUGUUGUGAAAUUCGUUCGAAUCCUUGUGUACCAAGUCCAUGCUUCAACAAUGGUAUGUGUAUGGCAAGUGGUACUUCCUUUGUUUGUUCAUGUCGAAAUGGAUUUUCUGGACAACGUUGUGAAAUACGUGAUCCAUGUUUUCCAAAUCCUUGUUUAAAUAGUGGUCAAUGUAGUUCUAAUGGAAUAGGAGGUUUCACAUGUAUGUGUAUUCAACCAUAUACAGGACAACGAUGUGAAGAUCGUAUUGAUCCAUGCGCGAAUCAGCCAUGCCGAAAUGGAGGCACCUGUCGACCAUUGAACGGUAACUCGUAUCAAUGCAUCUGUCCACCCGGUUAUUCAGGCUAUGAUUGUUCAAUACGUGAUCCAUGUUUUCAAAAUCCUUGUUUGAAUGGUGGCCAAUGUGAUUCUACUGGAAUGGUAAGCUUCACAUGUAUUUGUAUUCAACCAUAUACAGGACAACGAUGUGAAGAUCAGGAUCCAUGUGCUCAAAAUCCAUGUUUGAAUGGUGGCCAAUGCUAUCCAUCUAAUAGUGGUGGAUUUAUGUGUCAAUGCCCUGCUGGAUUUAGUGGUCAACGAUGUGAAGAUCGUGAUCCUUGUGCUUUGCAGCCAUGCAUGAAUCAAGGCACGUGUGUGAGAGAAAAUGGUGGUUUUCGUUGUACAUGUCCACCAGGAUAUUCAGGAAAUCUAUGUGAAAUACAAGAUGCAUGUCAAAGUAAUCCAUGCAUGAAUGGUGGUACAUGUCAACCUAUUAACGGCAAUAGUGGCUAUCAAUGUAUAUGUCGCUCGGAUUUUAGUGGUCCGCAAUGUGAAACUAGAGAUCCAUGUGCUCAAAAUCCAUGCUUGAAUGGUGGUCAAUGUGUUUUGAAUAGCUUGGGAGGUUUUACAUGUGCUUGCGUUCCUCCAUAUACAGGUCAACGAUGUGAAGAUUCAAAUCCAUGUAUAAAUAACCCGUGUGGUAGCAAUGGACAAUGCAUUCAAAAUAUUGGUGGCUUUUAUUGUGAAUGUAAUCUCGGAUAUUUUGGAAAUCAAUGCGAGCGCCUUGUUUGCACGCCUAAUCCCUGCACGAAUGCCGGUACAUGUGAACCUCGUCCUAACGGCGUUUUUCAUUGCAAUUGUCCGCCUGACUAUGAAGGACAACGUUGCGAAUUUCGUAAAGUUUGUGAACCGAAUCCAUGUGUCAAUGGCGGCACAUGCAGUCCAUAUGGUCUCGAUACAUAUUCUUGCAAUUGUCCAUUUGGUUAUACUGGUAGAAAUUGUGAAAGUCGUGAUCCAUGUAUUCCAAAUCCGUGUCAAAAUGGUGGUCGCUGUCGAUCUAAUAUAGCUGCAGGCAGCUAUGUAUGUGAUUGUCCUUCUAAUUAUGUCGGUCAAAAUUGUGAAACAAGUGAUCCUUGUGCAACAAACCCUUGUCUUAAUGAAGGUCAAUGUAUACCGAAUGGUUAUGGUGGAUUCACAUGCAAUUGUCCAGACGGUUUUACUGGCCAACGUUGUGAAGAUCGUAUCGAUCCAUGUGCGAAUCAGCCAUGUCGAAAUGGAGGCACUUGUCAACCACUCAAUGGUAACUCGUAUCAAUGCAUCUGUCCACCCGGUUAUUCAGGCUAUGAUUGUUCCAUACGUGACCCAUGCACUCAGAAUCCAUGCUUGAAUGGUGGUCAAUGUCUUCCGACUAAUAUUGGAGGAUUUACUUGUCAAUGUCCUAAUGGAUUCAGUGGUCAACGAUGUGAAGAUCGUGAUCCUUGUGCUUCGCAGCCAUGCAUGAAUCAAGGCACAUGUGUUGGAGAAAAUGGUGGUUUUCGUUGUACAUGUCCGCUAGGAUAUUCAGGAAAUCUAUGUGAAAUACAAGAUGCAUGUCAAAGUAACCCAUGCAUGAAUGGUGGUACAUGUCAACGUGUUAACGGCAAUGGUGGCUAUCAAUGUGCAUGUCCCUCGGGUUUUAGUGGUCCACGAUGUGAAACUAGAGAUCCAUGUGCUCAAAAUCCAUGUUUGAAUGGUGGCCAAUGCUAUCCAUCUAAUAAUGGUGGAUUUACUUGUCAAUGUCCUGCUGGAUUUAGUGGUCAACGAUGUGAAGAUCAAGAUUCUUGUGCUGCCCAACCAUGCCAAAAUAGGGGUGUUUGUGUUAGUUCCGAUGAUGGUUCAUAUGUAUGUCAAUGUCGUACAGGUUUUCAAGGACGAAAUUGUGAACAAAUUGAUAUUUGCGGGGUGAAAAAUCCAUGUAUUUGUGGUACAUGUCAGAAUGAUCCAUACAAUCCACAAGGUUUUAUUUGUUUCUGUCCACCUAAUUAUUCGGGUAGUCGAUGUGAAAAAAUACUCAAUUGUAUGGAUAGCGGUGAAGAUUGUAUGAAUGGAGGUCAAUGUAUUCAACGUCCACUUGGUGAUUAUGUUUGUUCAUGUCCAUAUCCUUAUUGUGGUUCUCGUUGUCAAUCUCAACGACCAUCAUGUGGUACAAUGAAUACUUAUCCACCACCUACAACAACACCAAGUUCUGCAGCUACAUGUUCUUCAAGUCAAUGUAAUAAUCGUGGUAUAUGUCAAGAAGUUGAUCAUGGACGAGGCAUUCAAUGCUAUUGUUCAACAGGCUGGUCUGGUUCACGAUGUCAAUUUAGUUUAUCAUGUAAAGAUAAUCAACAGUGUAGCAAUGGUGGAGUAUGUCGUGAGAUAGCAGAGGAUAUCAGUGUAUGUCAAUGUUCACCACAGUUCUGGGGAGAAAGAUGCGAGCAUGCGUAUGAACCUUGGUCACAACCAGGUUACGAUGAGCAACAACAACAACAGGACACUCAUAACGAGUACCAUAACGCUUAUCCGCCGACAGCGGACAUAACACAAAGGAGUGUAUCAAGUAAAACAAAAACACGUAAACAAACCAGCAAAAAUUAA